CUUCAUUUGUUGUUUUUCGGCAUUUCAUCAUGGCAUCCGACAUCACAUCGCUCUUCAAAGCUUCUGUUAAGACCGUUCGAACCAGAAAUAAAGGGCUUGGAAGUGGCAAAGAGGCAGGGAACAGCUCCAUUUUGAGUCAUGCCAGAAAUAAGACCGAAUUUGCAAUCAAAGCGAGGGAUGUGGCAAACACUAUCAGCAAGCUGAAAGACUUCUUAUUGGAACAUCGGAGGGACUAUAUAAAUGCUGCCAGUCACCUGACUUCAGAUGCUGGCCGCAUGACAGAUGCAGAGAGGGAUCAGAUAGACACGGAUGCGCAGCAAUUUAUGAGAACCUGCUCGGAGACCAUCAGGAUAUUCAAGACGGAAGUUUUCAAGCAGACCAUGCCAGCUCAGGUUCGCUCACACAAGGAAGCCGUCUUUGAAUUGUUACAAGAAUAUCUGAAAGCCGUGUGUAAGCUGUACAGCGAGCAAAGAGCAGUCCGUGUCAAAAGGGUCGUCGACAAGAAAAGAAUAUCCAGGCUUCAGCCAAAGCAGUCCUCCUUUUCCAACAAGCUGCAGCCAUCGGCAACCAGCACACCAACCAAAGCUACUCAAGAUUCUGGGUCCCCUGACUUAGAAACGACCAAUCAGGAAGAAGACACGGAAGAGUUUUCCCCAGAGGAGGUUCAAAUGUUUGAGCAAGAGAACAAGAAACUGUUCAAUGAGAUGAACUGCCUGGUGGAUGAAGUCAGGCAGAUAGAAGGCAAGGUGGUUGAAAUCACCAAGUUGCAGGAGAUAUUUGCAGACAAGGUCUUACAGCAGGAAGCUGACAUUGACAGGAUAGCAGACACGGUUGUCGCGACAACAGAGAACAUCAAAGAAGGCAAUGAAGACAUCAGAGAGGCAAUCAAGAAUAAUGCCGGCUUCCGUGUUUGGAUUCUGUUCUUCCUGGUCAUGUGUUCAUUCUCCCUGCUGUUUCUGGAUUGGUACAGCUAGGGUGGGGGACAGGGUCAUGGUGGGGCAG